GUUUGCAAUAUUAUAAUGCAGAUGUGUUGUGCGCUGCUCAGAAUGCAGACGCUGCAUAUUAUAAUGCAGACGCUGCAUACCUGUCGUAUGCUUUGUAUGAGAUUUUGAAGAUCGCACCGCUCUCUUUAUACAACUCACUGGAUGGCAAUUGGAAUUUGUGUUCCACUGCUGCUUUGCGCAGUUCUACAUUGGGUUAGCACGUGUCCUGUUGCAAUACAAAGACGCACUUCCGCAAGAGGUUCAAUGGAUAGCACAGCUACUGCAACAACAACGCUAACAACGAUCACACCAGACACAACGUCCGCUGAGAAAAGUCGUAAUUUGGAUGAUAUCAUUAAAGAGUCCUGGAACACUCUAAAAGACGACAGGAUCACAUUGAAGUUUCCUCACAUGGAUCAAAACGCAACAAUUUUAGAUCCAUAUCCUGGUAAUCUAGUGUACCAGCCCAGAGCAGGGGAAAGUCUUAUUCUGACUUGUGAGGCAUCCACAGAAAAUACGCACGGUGUGUCUUGGAGUCAUCUCGACCGAAUGAUAUUCGACAAAGGGAGACGCGUCGUUGAUGACGGGGUCGAUAAUCAGUUCUAUAACGUAACUCACUGGGGUCAACUUGGGAUUUUUGCUAUUGUCCGUGUGUCCCUGCAAUCGGAAGGAGAAGUUGUGUGCUGGGAAGAGUCAACCCGCUUUGGAUACAAGCAAAUUGUUACGUUAAAACGCUUCAGUAUUAAACCGCAGAUUACCCGAGCAGUGGAAGUAUUUGCUGAGUCCAUGCCACAGCAAUCAAUUAUGGAAGGUGACGUUGUAUCUUUCUCCUGCGCAGUUCGGCUUCCCUUACCGCAACGCACCAUUAAUAACCUGGCCAACUGCAUUAUGUGGCGUUUAAAUGGCGAAACAACAUGGGCCCCUACAGAGGAGCCGUAUUGGUCGCAUUUAGCACGUAUCAAGCGCGCUUGGGCGUUUAGUGGAAAACCAUAUUAUUUCCAAAAUAUUACAAACGUUUUUGGGCGAAAAAUUGUGUACCAAAUUGACUUCCAUUUCUUAACACCUAGAAGAAGCGGCAACCUUGAAUGUUGGUUCAGACCCCAUGGUACUACUCACGACUGGAUUAUGCAGUCCACUGCAUUGACAGUGAAUUCGCGAAGUUAGCACCGGCCGGUUGGCGCAGGGAGGAUGCGUUGCGGGCCGGAUCGCUUGCGUUAUUGACCAGUGGCAAGUCGAGGAAGGCCAUGAUGGCGUAACGAUUGGGUGCCUUUAUCGGUGUCUUGGGAAGCCGUAUUGUUGCGUUGUACAGCCGGGACCCUUCCUGAAUGUGAAGUAGUUUGGGUAUAUGUCACUUAUAACGCUGGAUAUUACAAAUGACAGUGUGGAAAUUGUAAUGUAAUUGUAAUUGUAACUGAAGUGUAAUUGUAAUGAUAGUGUGGAAAUUUUGUUCUGGCUUAACAUUUCUAGUAUUUUUUGUUUUCAUUCUAAUACAUAUCUGUACUGUUCGUUUGUGCUAAAUUAAUCCCACAGUU